AUGGAGGCGCAGUGCGACUUCAUGUACUUCCCGGCCGUGCCCUUCCCGGCCCGGGAGCUGCUCGGGCGAGCCGGCCGGUACCGGGCGCUGCCCCGGCGCAACCACCUCUACCUGGGCGAGACGGUCCGCUUCCUGCUGGUGCUGCGGGGCCGGCCCGGGCCGGGGGGCGCCCGCACCCCCUGGGGGGAGCUGGGCUCCUCCCUGGCCGCCCUGGCCAGCGUCAGCCCCGGGGUCGACCCGGGGGCGAGGGGACGGGAGCCCUCGAGGAGCCGGGCGGGAGGAGGGGAUGCGCCUCCGGCCCCCGGCUCCUUCCGCGACUGCCGGCCUCUGCUGACCCACGGCCAGGGACCCCUGGGGCGACCGGCCGCCGGGAUACCCGUGGAGGAGCCAAUCGUCUCCACGGACGAGGUCAUUUUCCCGCUGACCAUUUCCCUGGACAACCUGCCCCCCGGGACCGUCAAGGCCAAGAUCGUGGUGACGGUGUGGAAGCGGGAGCAGGAGGCGCCGGAGGUGCGGGAACGGGGCUACCUGAGCCUGCUGCAGAACCGGGCGCCGGCCCAGCUCUUCCGCGAGGAGCAGGGGGCCUUCAAAGCCCAAGUGAGCACCAUGCUGACCGUGCUGCCCCCUCCGGGGCUGAAAUGCCGCCAGCUGAACGUCUCCGGGAAAUACCUCACCGUGCUCAAGGUGCUGAACGGCUGCUCCCAGGAGGAAAUCUCUCUGUGGGACGUCCGCAUCCUGCCCAACUUCAACGCCAGCUACCUGCCUAUGCUGCCCGACGGCUCCGUGCUGCUGGUCGACGACGUCUGCCAUCACUCGGGCGAGGUGCCCGUCGGCGCCUUCUGCCGCGUGGCCGGCGCCGGCUCCGGCUGCCCCUGCGCCCUGAGCGCCCUGGAGGAGCAGAACUUCCUCUUCCAGCUGCAGGCGCCCGAGCGGCCCCAGGAGGACACCAAGGAGGGUCUGGAGGUGCCCCUGGUGGCUGUGGUUCAGUGGUCGACACCCAAACUCCCCUUCACCAGCAGCAUCUACACCCACUACAGGCUGCCCAGCAUCCGGCUGGACCGGCCGCGGUUCGUGAUGACAGCUGCCUGCGAGUCGCCCGUGCCCCUGCGCCGACGCUUCACCGUCACCUACACCCUGCUCAACAACCUGCAGGACUUCCUGGCCGUGCGGCUCGUCUGGACCCCGGAGAGCGCCACGGCGGGGAAGAAGCUGUCCAGCGAGGAGCGCCGGGCCACGCAGGCAGCCCUGGACUCCAUCGUCUGCCACACGCCCCUCAACAGCCUGGGCUACUCGCGCAAGGGCAGCGCCCUGACCAUCCGCGUCGCCUUCCAGGCCCUGCGCGCCGGCCUCUUCGAGCUCUCCCAGCACAUGAAGCUGAAGCUGCAGUUCACGGCGAGCGUCUCGAACCCGCCCCCUGACGCCCGGCCCAUCUCGCGCAGGAGCAGCCCCGGCAGCCCGGCUGUGCGGGACCUGGUGGAGCGGCACCAGGCCGGGCUGGGCCGGUCCCAGUCCUUCUCCCACCAGCAGCCGUCCCGCAGCCACCUCAUGAGGUCAGGCAGCGUCAUGGAGCGCCGCGCCAUCACCCCGCCCGUGGGCUCCCCCGUGGGCCGCCCCCUCUACCUGCCGCCCGAGAAGAGCGUCCUGUCGCUGGACAAGAUCGCCAAGCGGGAGUGCAAGGUGCUGGUGGUGGAGCCCAUCAAGUGAAGAGGCCAAACACCCCCCGGCCCCCGAUCCUGGGCCAUGGGACAAGCCCCCCCCCCGCAUUGCCCAGCCCCGCUGCUUCUCCCCAGAGCUCAUGUUGCUGGAGGCCUGGGACCAUGGGGCAAGGGGGGGAGGCUGGCAUGUGCCAAGUGGGGGGAGGGCACAGCAGGUGGGGGG